AUGGAUCCCGGUGCGGAUACCGAUAUCAACAGGCGCUAUCCGCUAGCAGUUGCUUUGCCAAUCUUGUCUUUCUUGUCCAUUGCUCUUUCCAUUUCGCCGUUGAUCCUGCAUGCGAAGAAUCGAAAUUUGCCAGCCACGGCUCUGAUCUGCUGGUGCACUGUCCUCAAUGUGUUCAACAUCAUCAAUGCCUUGCUGUGGCCAAACGACAACAUCGACGCAUGGUGGGAUGGCAAGGGACUCUGCGAUAUUGAGUUGAAGAUCAUGGUUGCGAGUUAUGUGGCCAUCCCAGGAUGUCUGGUGGGCAUGUUCCGGGGCCUGGCAAUGGUCAUGGACACGAGUCGUGCAACCUGGACCCCAAGUAAGACCCUGCGCCGGCGCAAUCGGGCCAUCAAUUUACUGUUCUGCGUGAUCGCUCCAAUUAUUGCCAUGAUCACGCACAUUGUGUGGCAGAAGAGCCGCUUCCUACUCUACUCCAUUUCGGGCUGUGUUAACAACUUCGACGAGAGCUGGGUGAGUUUCAUGCUGGCAUUUAUCUGGCCACCCAUUCUCUGUUUGAUUGCCUGCUAUUAUUGUUGCCUUGUCCUCGUCCGACUUUUCAAGUACCGAAGCGACUUUGUGCAUAUCCUGCGGUCCCGUGGCAGUACUAUGAACAAGUCAGGAUUCCUGCGCCUUUUCUUCCUCGCUUUCUCCAUGCUCAUCGCGAUUCUGCCCGUGGAGGCCUACCUGGUCUGGUACGAUGUGAGUCUGUCACUGCCCUGGCAUCAGUACUCAUGGAAGAAACUCCAUGGACCGGGCUCGAACUGGUCUCAAAUACAAAAGGUGGCUACCUACGGAGUGGUCUUCUUCGACAGAUGGAAUCCAGUUGCAGCAGGAUUCAUGAUUUUCAUUUUUUUCGGCUUCGGUCGCGAUGCUACCAAGAUGUAUCGCUUGCUGUCCUGGUAUCUCGGUUUCAGGUACUGCUUCCCCGGUGUAUAUCGUCCGCUCGAGUCAGAGGCUCUGGCCACUGCCCCUGCUCGCAAUGGUUCCAAUUCGACUACCUUGGUCGGAAGCGCCAGCAACAGGGGGAAGUCGGUCUUCAAGAAGACAUCGUCAUCACGGCAGGUUUUCCUUAGGAAACCCGGACGGUCAUUUACUAACAACUGUCCUACCAGCAGCCCCACUCUUCCAGCCCACAAUGGCUCCUACAAUGAUAUCGAAAAGGGCAGAGUCUCAUCCUCGGUCCCAACGCUCAAUGUCAAUUUUCCCGGUGAGAAGAUCCCUUGGUACCGCUCGUUCAUGAAUCGCCGCAAGGCUUCUCGUAACGCUGGCCAGGACACCCUUCUCUAUGAUCUGUCCAUUCCGUCUCAGACCAUCUGCACCAAUGCCUGGGCGGGAAUCAGCCAAAGCCGAGGAAGUAAUGAGUAUUCUGCCGGCCCAUUCUCGCCUCGGACUAAGGACUUCAUCCACGUCAAGCAGGUGAUUCGCCAGCAGAGUGAGAUUCAGCUCUAA